GCGGUCGGGGCCGCCGGUGGGGCCGUGGCGGCUCCGAGGAGGGCAACGCCGGGGCGGCCCCGCGGGGACUGCUCCGCGCGGCGAGGGGAGGCGGCUGAGGCCGCGGCCGGGACGGGGGGAGGCGGGAGAGCCGCGUAGGCCGCUGCCGGCCGGAACCCCCGGUGGAUCCGCUCCUGUCUGGUGCCUGCCGGGCCCGCACUGUCGUUACCGCCGCGGGCAGCAGCCGGGCGGCCCUCAGUACCGGGAGUGGUUGAUCUUUGAGCACCCGGUGUGCGGUGGCAUUGGAAAUGCCUGGUGAAGCUACAGAAACCGUCCCGGCCACAGAGCAGGAGCUGCCGCAGCCACAAGCCGAGACAGCUGCCCUCCCUCCUGCAGCCCCUGCUGCCACUUCUGCCACAGCGCCAGGUACUCAGACCUCCGCAGUAACACCCCGUGUGUCACAUUAACCACAGUGUGCUGUUCCGGAUGUUUGCGGUUGCAUUAACCCUACUGGUGUGCAAAGGAAGCGCAGGUCACCAUGGGAGUCUGGACCCCGGGUCCUGGCCCUGUCCUGCUGCUCAGAGGAGCCAGGCAGGCUUCCACCUGCUGCUCCUGGGCAGGCUGUUGGGGGAGGCUGGCUGCCUGCUGCUCUCCAACUCAGUCUGUGUCAUCCCUGAGCCAAGAGCUGCUUCCCAGUGCUGGGGAGUGCACUGGAGCAGCAUGCAGCCCAGGGUGGGAUCCCUGAGAGCCCAGGUGUUUCCCCAGAGCCCCUAUCCUGGGGGCUGGAGAUGUGGGGAGCCCGGGGCCAGAAGCCAGAGGACUGGCUGUUGUGGGUGUGGGUGUGCUUCUUCCUGCCCUGCCCUUGUUUUCUCCUUUUUCUCAUGGGUUCACUUUGUUUCUUUCCUUCAGCUGUUCUUCCUGCUGCUCAUUCCCCAGCUCUGACUCCAGCCCUGGGCCCUGCUGCCCAUGCUGUUCCCGCGGAGCUGCCCAGCUCUGCCCCAGCGGUGCCCCCAGCCCCUCUCUCCCCUGCUGUGGUCCCAGCUGCAGCGAUUCCUGUCUUUUCUGCCCCUCCCCAGCUCCCUGCCCCAGCUCUGCCCCUCCCGGUUACUUCUUCCCCUCCUCCAGCUCCAGUUCCGCCAUCCCCAACUGGUUUUGCUGCCCAAGGUUCUCCAGGGCCUGCUGCUGCCCCAGUCAGCCCAGUAUCUCCAGGGCUCCCAGUCCCAGCAUCUCCAGUUCUGGCUGCUCUUCCUGCUGCAGGGCGGGCAGCCCCCCCAGCAGCCGUCCCAUCUCCAGUGAGUCCUGGCUGUCUCCCAGCAGCUGUCAUGCCUCCUGUGAAAGUCUCUGCUCCUCCCAGCCCCACGGGAGCCACAGCCUCAGUCCCUCACCCUGCACCUCCCAAGAGCCCUGGGGCAGCACCCCCAGCAGCAGCCCCUGCGGGGGCCACAGCUCUUCCCCAGAGCCCCCCUGCGAUGCCAGUGCACCCUGCUGCACCCCUGCCCCCUCCAGCUGCCCCCCUGAGCCCAGCCCUAGCAGCUGCCAUUUCCCCACCCAUAUUUCUGUCUGCCCCCAUGGCGCUGGCCCCUCUGCUGCCAGGUGGGACAGCCCUCAGCAGCACUGCUGCUCCCCUGCAGGGCCCCACACCUGGUACUCCCAUCUGUCCGCUGGCUCCAGCUGCUCCUUCUGGGACCGUGACCUCUCCUGUGGGCCCUGCCCUGGCAACCCCUGGCACCCCUGCGGUUCCCCCCCCUGUGGCCAGGCCGCCCCCUGGGAGCCCGAUUCCUGUGACAGCUCCUGUCCUGCCCAGCACAUCCCUGGCAGCUGCCUCAUCCCCUCCAGGGCUACCUCCAGCAGCAGCAGCUCCGGCUAAAGCAGCUCCAGCGAUUCCCAUCUCAUUGCCAGCUGCUGUGACUGCUGCUCCUGCCAGUCCCCUGCCUGUCACACCAGCGAUGGCAGCUCCAGCCACCCCUCCUGCAGCCAAAGGAGCACCUGUGAGCCCAGUAGCUGCCCCAUUGGCUCCUUCUGCCCCUGCUGCACCAGCUCCUGUGGCUCUUCCAGCUGCCCCUGCUGCCACCAAAGCAGCCCCCCAGAGCCCAGUCACCACCCCUUCUUCCCCUGCUGCUGUGGUUCCUGCAGGUCCCCCAGCUCCAGCUGCUCCUGCUGCUACCAAAGCAGCACCCCAGAGCCUGGUCACCACCCCUUCUUCCCCUGCUGCUGUGGUUCCUGCAGCUGCCCCAGCACCAGCUGCCCCUGCUGCCAACAAAGCAGCUCCCAAGAGCCCUGUUGCUGCCACUCCAGCUCCUACAGCUGCCCCUGCUGCCACCAAAGCAGCACCCCAGAGCCCAGUCACUGCCCCCUCUGCACCUGCUGCUGCUGCUGUGAUUCCUGCAGGUCCCCAAGCUGCAGUUGCCCCUGCUGCCACCAAAGCAGCUCCCCAGAGCCCCGUUGCUGCCACACCAGCUCCUACAGCUGCCCCUGCUGCCACCAAAGCAGCACCCCAGAGCCCAGUCACUAGCUCCUCUGUCCCUGCUGCUGCAGUUCCUGCAGCUCCCCAAGCUCAAGCUGCCCCUGCUGCCAACAAAGUGGCUCCCCAGAGCCCUGGUACUGUUGCACCAGCUCCUGCAGCUCCCCCAGCUCCAGCUGCCCCCUCUGCAGCCAAAGCAGCUCCUGGGAGCCCAGUCUCUGCCCCCUCUGCCCCUGCCAGCUCCCCACCUGUCACACCUGUGCUGGCAGCUCCAGCUGCACCCCCUGCAGGCAAAAAGUCCCCAAAGAGCUCUGCUGCUGCUGCAUCCUCUCCCUCUGCUGCAGCAGCUGCCCCCAGUGCAGCCAAAAAGCCCCCAAAGAGCUCUGCUGCUACACCCUCUGCCCCUGCUGCACCAGCCCAAGCUGCCCCCGCUGCAGCCAAAAAGCCCCCAAAGAGCUCUGCUGCUGCCCAGUCUGCUCCCGCUGCUCCCACUGCAGCUCCACCAGCUCCAUCCACCCCCCCUGCGGCCAAAAAAUCCCCAGAGAGCUCCACUGCUGCCCCAUCUGCUCCCUCUGCUCCUGCUGCAGCUCCACCAGCUCCAUCUGCCCCCCCUGCCACCAAAAAGCCCCCAAAGAGCCCUGCUGCUGCCCCAUCUGCUCCCUCUGCUCCUACUGCAGCUCCACCAGCUGCAGCCACCCCUCCCCCCACCAAAAAGCCCCCAAAGAGCCCCACUGCUGCCCCAUCUGCUCCCUCUGCUCCUGCUCCAGCUCCACCAGCUGCAGCCACCCCCCCUGCCACCAAAAAGCCCCCAAAGAGCCCCACUGCUCCCCCAUCUGCUCCCUCUGCUCCUGCUGCAGCUCCACCAGCUGCAGCCACCCCUCCUGCCACCAAAAAGCCCCCAAAGAGCCCCACUGCUGCCCCAUCUGCUCCCUCUGCUCCUACUGCAGCUCCACCAACUGCAGCCACCCCUCCUGCCACCAAAAAGCCCCCAAAGAGCCCCACUACUGCCCCAUCUGCUCCCUCUGCUCCUGCAGCUCCAGCAGCUGCAGCCAAAGCACCUCCCAAGAGCCCCACUGCUGCCACAACAGCUCCUGCUGCUCCCUCUGCCCCCCCUACAGCCAAGGCAGCUCCUGCCAGCCCGGCAGCCCCUGGCACGCUGCCUCCAGCACCAGGUACUGCUGCCUCAGCCCCGGGGGCUCCCGCUGCCCUCCCAAAGCCAGCAGCUGAUCGUGCUGCCCCCACACCCCAGAAACCAGAGGCCACCCCUCUUGCCUCUGCGCCUGGGGGUAACGUCACCCCUCCUGCCUCUUCUGUGCCGAAUGCUGCCCCUGCCAAGAAGCAGCCCCCUGCCAAUAAAGGCAGCAAGCAGGCCCCACGUCCGUCCCCGGCCAAGCCUCCUGUGAAAGCCCCCGUUCCUGCCAGCGCUGCAGUCGAUGACGAUGAUGACCUGCCCCCCCUGAUCCCCCCCGAGGUGCCCGCUGCCGAGCCGCCGCCGCAGCCCAUCCUGGUGGACCUCUCUCCCCGAGCAGCCGUGGCCCCAGCCGAGGCCCCUGCUCCUAAGCAGCCCGUCGUGAAGAAUGACAAGGGUACUCGCCACCACGGUUUGCCGUGUGCAUGGAGUGUCACUGGCUGCCCACCGGAUACUAACCCACCACGGGGCCCCGAGUGCCCCCCGUGUCACUCGGUGCGUCCGUCGGCUGCGGGUGUGCCGUGCUGAGAGCAGAGGGGGGUGGAGGGGGGGGGGGGAAAGGCUGACCCCGCGCCGUCACCGCUCCAGGGCUCGGCGCGGUGCGGUGCCUGCGGGCUGCUGUCACUAACAGCGUGUUCUCGGGCACGGAGCACGGUGUGUCCUGCGUGGGUGUUGCGACUGCUGCCUGAGCUGGCUUCACACUGGAACUUUGGGAAGAGCUGCUACGUGCUGUGCCCAGCUGCGCGUGUCCGGCAUCGGCCGUGGGUUUCCCCCUGUCCGUCUGCCAGCAGAGCGGAGCUGAGGGUUGUGCUGGUGCCAGGUCCGUCCUGGGCUGUUGACAUCUCCCACGUGCACACCAGCAGAGACCUUUAUCGCGGGCUCCUGCGUGCAUGGUGUGGUGGUGUGUACAGAGACCCUUCCCAGAGAAGGAAGCAGGACUGAACUCAGGUAACAGCUGCACGAGGGAGCAUUGUGCUCACCCUGCAGCCUGCUGUGCGGCCUGGAGACACCUAGCUCUGCUUUGUUCACUCCUGCACGGCAGACAAAGCUGUGCGUUGUUCCAGAAGAUAGCGUGCACUGCAGCAGCGGUGCAGGGGCUGGGGGAGAGGCCAACCCGAGCAUCCAAAAUGCUGUUUUCGAUGGGAGCUUUCAAACUAAGUACAAAUCAUCCUGUCAUCAAGUCACAGAGAGGUGCAGCAGCCCCAGGGACCCGGUGGACUGGGUCUUGUGUGUCAGCUCCUGCAGCCCCAGCUGCUGGACAGGUUUGAGGAGCUCUGAGAGAGCGUCGCUGCUGACUCACGGCCCUGGGCAGUGCUGCCCUACCUGGGCCAUGGCUCUGGCCUGGGGCCUUGGUGUUGGAGCAAGCCUUUGGGCACACGCAGUGCUCUGGCAGCCCCACAGAGUACUGCCUGGCCUCUCACAAGCCCCUGGUGAGGCUUCUCUGGCUGUUCUUGGGCAGCUUCCACCAUGGUGAGAGCCGGGAGGAGGCGGCGAACCGGUGGCACUGGCUGUCCCUGCUCAUGGCUGCAAGGAGAGCCCUUCCCACCAGGUGUUACUGAAGCACGCUGCCUGGAAAUGCAUUUCAGGUGGAAUUUUUUAACUGUGUCAGCACCUGAAAUCCCCAGCAACAGUUUACACUAAGGCAUUAUGGUUCAGUGAUCUUACUGUGUCCCCUGGAACUACCUGCUGCUCCUGGCAAGGUCCUGAGCUGAGAACUCUGACAUGUUCAUUU